AUGUCUCAUAUUCGUAAAGGUUCAUCCGCAUCAGAUAAAGAUUUACGUAACAUAAAUGUUACUUCAGGAACUCCUUUGUCUGAUAUAUCUAACUUUGAUACAUGCAGCAACAUUGACAAACUUGAAGCUGUCCAAAGAACAAAAGCUAGAAGAAUAUAUUCCAACAAUAAAAGAUUCAAUACAACCUCAUCGCAGACUCAAUCCACACUAAAUUAUUCAACUCAUAAUAAUAAAGAAAAUGUAACUUCAACCACAUCUACCGUGUAUAACAGAUCAUUAUGUAAGCCUGGUAUAAACAUCAAUUUUUCCUCUGGUAUAUCAUAUUCGGAAACUCAUAAUACGAAUCUUCCUUUUUCAACAAAUCCUUCACAUGAUAUUUCCAAUGACAAGGAUGAGGCUGCAAACAGAAGGAAGGCUAGACGUAUAUACUUGAAUAGCAAAAGAUUGAAUAAAAAUUCAACACAGACUCAAUCGUCACUAACUUCUUAUACGCCAAAUAAAGAGAAUAUUAGUCCGAACACUACUUUUACGUUGAAUAAAUCAUCUUUUAGCAUCCUCUCAAGUAUCAAUGUCUCUUCCGGUUCAUCUAAAUUCAAUUCAGGAAACAGUGCAUCUUCCAGUGGUAUUCCAAGAAACAUUACAAGCAACUCAGCAUCAGUCAUGAUACCUUCUUCAUCGUCUACAAUUCCACCAAAUACUGUUAUAGCAUCAGACGAACCUUCACCACUGAUAAGAAUGUCAUCAGGAAAGCGGAAAUUAGUAAGAAAACGACGAAACUUAACACCUAUACCUAUUAUUGAUUUGACAACAGAUGAUGAUAACGAGGUUGCUGAUAUCAUUGAUCAACAUUUAAAAGGUGUUUCAAAAGACUACUUGGAUCAUGGUGACCAGAUUAUCGUGUGUCAAACGUGUAGCGCAAAGCUAUGGAAAGCAGAGGCGGAUAGGGGAGAACAGAAGCGAAAUAAACCUAACUAUUUCCUUUGCUGUUCAUACGGCAAAGUUUUGUUACCUGAUUUUAAGCAGCCUCCUGAAAUUUUGAAAGAUCUAUAUGUUGGCGUCAGUGCGAAGAGCAAAUUGUUUUUAAAAAACAUUCGUCGUUAUAAUUCUAUGUUCUCAUUUACAUCUAUGGGAGGAAGGAUUGACAAAACUAUCAACCGUGGAAAUGCACCUUAUGUCUUUCGAUUAAGUGGUCAAAAUUAUCAUACUAUUGGGAGUCUAUUACCUGAUGAUGGAAAGGAGCCAAAAUUCAGCCAGUUGUAUAUAUACGACACAGAUAAUGAAAUAUUUAAUCAACAAAAUGCAGUUGGGGGCUCAAACACUUCUUUUACAAUAACUGAGUCAGCUUUUGAUGUUCAGAUCAUUGAGGAACUUACACUUAUGUUAGACACUAACAACGCUUUGGUUAAAAUUUAUCGACAAGCUAGAAAUUCUUUAAACGAAAACCCUUACAUCGACUUGAAGCUUUGUCUAAUUGGUAAAAGAUCCAAAGAUGGUAGGACAUAUAACCUUCCUGAAGCUUCUGAAGUUGCUGCAUUAGUUAUUGGAGAUCUGACUCAAGCUGUUGAGAAUCGUGAUAUAGUAGUGAAAACAAGAUCUGGUCGGAUUGAGCGCAUAAGUGAAUUACAUCCUUCUUAUCUUUCUCUACAAUACCCUCUUUUAUUUCCAUACGGAGAAGAUAUGUACAGGGUUGACAUUCUUCAUAGAGGUCUCAAUCUAGACACGAACAGCAAACGUCCAAUGUGUACUAUGCGUGAGUUCUUUGCUUAUAGACUACAAGAUCGUGUCGAUAAGUUUUCUUUGAUUCAUAAUGCAAAAAGACUUUUCCAACAAUUUGUUGUUGAUGCUUACACUAUGAUUGAGAGUGAAAGGUUGUUUUACAUACGACGACAACAAACUCAUUUGAGGUCAGAAACUGUUCAGAAUAUUCAGAAUGCAAGUAAUGCUGGAAAAAAAAAAGAUAUGUCAAAAAUUGGAACACGUAUCUUUAUUCCAUCUUCCUUCACUGGCGGUUCUCGAUAUAUGAUGCAAAAUUACUUAGAUGCAAUGUCUUUGUGCAAAUGGUUUGGGUAUCCAGAUUUUUUCAUCACUAUUACGUGUAAUCCAAAAUGGCCGGAUGUGCAAAGGUUUUUAAAAGAUACAACGAUAAGGCCUGAAGAUAGACCAGACAUUUUGUGUCGAAUUUUCAAGAUAAAACUAGAUGCCAUAACAAAAGAAUUGAAAGAAGGCAAGUUGCUCGGUAGAGUUAAUUCUGUUGUCUAUACUGUUGAGUUUCAAAAACACGGACUUCCUCAUGCACACAUAUGUGUAUUCAUGCAUUCUGACAGCAAGAUUCUAUCUGUUGACCAACUAGAUCCAAUCAUUUCUGCCGAAAUUCCAGACAUAGCCGAGGAUCCAGAGUUAUAUAAACUUGUGGCAGACUACAUGAUUCAUGGUCCAUGUGGUCCUCUCAAUAUGAAUUGUCCUUGCAUGAUCGAUCGAUUUCCAGUUUAUCGUCGAAGGGAUUCUGGCCUAUCUGUUGUUAAAUCACGUGUGAACGUAGACAAUAGAUAUGUUGUUCCAUAUAGUAAAGUUUUGUUAAAAAGAUACCAGGCGCAUAUUAACGUUGAAUGGUGCAAUCAAGUUGGUUCUAUCAAAUAUUUGUUCAAGUACAUUAACAAAGGCCCAGAUAGAACUACUCUUAGAGUUGUUGAAAGUGGAAAUCAGGAUGAUCAGGAACCUGUAGUCGAUGAGAUAGAAAAGUAUUACGAUUGCCGGUAUAUUUCUGCAUGCGAAUCUGUUUGGAGGAUCUUUUCAUAUGAUAUUCAUUAUCGAUAUCCCGCAGUUAUUCGAUUGCCGUUCCAUUUACCUGGUCAGCAAAACGUAGUAUAUGGCGCAGACGAUGACAUUGACGAGGUUCUUAACAAACCAUCUGUUGCUUCUACUAUGUUCUUAUCUUGGAUGAAGUGUAACGAAAAAUUACCCGAGGCACGUAAUCUUACUUAUGUUGAGUUUCCAUCAAAGUAUGUUUUUAAAUUAAGAACUCGCAGUUGGGAUAUAAGGAAACGACAUCCUUCAAUCGGUAGGAUUCAUUCGGUGUUUCCUUCAGCUGGUGAAGCAUACUACCUCAGAAUAUUAUUGAACAAAGUAAAGGGACCAAAAUCUUUUGAGGAUAUUCGUACUGUAAAUGGUACUUUGUAUCCAACUUUCAGGGACGCAUGCUAUGCGUUAGGGCUUUUGGACGAUGAUAACGAGUACAUUGAAGCUAUCAAAGAAGCUAAUUUGUAUGGAAGUGCUACUUAUCUACGGACGUUAUUUGGAACAAUGCUGAUGUUUGGUAGUUUGUCUAGACCUGAUUUUGUAUGGGAGAAAACAUGGACGUAUUUAUCGGAUGACAUUUUAUAUAGACAAGAAAAACAUUUGAAUGUUGAUGGUUUAAAUUAUUCUGACGAAGAAAUAAAGAAUUUGGCGUUGUUAGAGAUUGAGAAGUUCUUACUUCGUAAUAAUUCAUCUCUGAGGAACUAUUCAAAUAUGCCUUAUCCUGAUGAUGAGUCUAUUUCUUCGUCUAACAAUCGAUUGAUCAACGAGGAGUUAUCUUAUUUCCAAAAUACCAUGGAAGAUGAGUUGAAUAAUAUGUUACUACUUUUAACAGAUGAGCAACGUAAUGUUUUUGAUCAGAUUAUGGAAUCUGUUAGAACAAACAAAGGUGGUGUCUUUUUUGUUUACGGAUAUGGUGGCACCGGUAAGACCUUUCUUUGGAAGACAUUGUCGGCAGCAAUUCGAAGUAAGUCUGAAAUUGUUUUAAAUGUUGCUUCAAGCGGUAUAGCUUCUUUGCUACUUUCUGGAGGUCGAACAGCCCAUUCUCGAUUUUCCAUCCCUCUGAAUCUAAAUGAGGAUUCUCUUUGCCGCAUGAAGCCUGGAUCUGAACUUGCGUGUCUUUUAAAAAAAACACAACUUAUUAUAUGGGAUGAGGCUCCUAUGAUUCAUAAACAUGCCUUUGAAGCAUUGGAUAGAACCUUAAAAGAUAUAUUGAUGCCUGAUUGUUCAAAUAGCGAAGCUUUACCAUUUGGAGGAAAGGUAAUUGUAUUUGGUGGUGACUUUAGACAGAUUCGUCCUGUUGUUCCUAAUGGCUCUAGACAGGAUAUCGUGAAUGCUUCCCUGAGUUCGUCAUAUAUAUGGAAUAAAUGCAAGUUACUAAGGCUAACAAAAAACAUGAGGCUUACUGUUGGCAUGAAUCAUGGUGAUAUUGACAAGACAAAAGAGUUUGCUAAAUGGCUUUUGGAUAUUGGCGAGGGAAAACUUGGUGGUCGCAACGACGGAGAAGCUCUUAUUGAUAUACCUCAAGAACUGUUGAUUACUGAGUCCACUAACCCUAUUGGUAAUCUGAUCAACUUUGUGUAUCCGUCGAUACUUGAAUCGUUCAAUGAUCCAAAUUAUUUUCAGGAAAGAGCCAUACUUGCUCCUAAGAACGACGUUGUUCACGAGAUAAAUGAUACCUUAUUAGCAAUGUUUCCUGGUGAUCAUAAAGAGUAUCUAAGUUCAGAUUCCAUCUGCCAAUCUGAGAAUGUAACUGACCAUAUUCGACACAAUGUUUACCCCCCCGAUGUUCUAAAUGGUCUUAAGGUUUCAGGAAUGCCGAAUCAUAAAUUGGUUUUAAAAGUUGGUGUUCCUAUCAUGCUGUUACGUAACCUUGAUCAGAAAAACGGUCUGUGCAAUGGUACAAGAUUACAAGUCGUAAAACUUGGUGAUCGGAUUAUUGAAGCCAAAGUGAUUUCUGGUAAUAAUAUUGGUACUAGAACUUUUAUACCAAGGAUCAAUCUUUCCCCCUCUGACAAACGAAUACCUUUCAAGCUUCAAAGAAGGCAAUUCCCGAUAGCUGUGUGUUUUGCAAUGACGAUAAAUAAAAGUCAGGGACAGUCGUUAUCUAAGGUUGGUUUGUUUCUAAAGCAGCCUGUUUUCACUCACGGACAACUAUAUGUUGCAGUUUCAAGAGUCAAAAGCAUGGAUGGUUUAAGGAUGUUAAUAUUAGAUGUUGAGGGAAACGUUACUAAUAAGACUACAAAUGUUGUAUACAAAGAGAUAUUCUCAAAUUUAUAG